UUGAUGGUUUUUGUUAUGUAUUAACAAUAACUUUGUCAUUUGGUUUAGUAAUUUAGUAGAAUUUGCUCAACAUUUCUCCACGAUGAUUUUGCUUGAAACGCAGAAUCGAAUAAUAUCGGAUACUUUGACAUAUAAAUUUGAAUGUGCAGUAGCAGGGUCUAAACCAGAAUCAAUUGAUUCAACAAUAGCCGAUUUUGAUGGAGUGUUAUAUCAUAUUUCGAAUCCAAAUGGCGAUAAAUCAAAAGUCAUGGUCAGCAUUUCUUUGAAAUUUUACAAAGAUUUGGAAAACCAUGGAGCAAAAGAGCUUCUAGACAGAGUCUACGGAUGUUAUCUGACUUCACCUGAGUCUGGACACAGUGUCUCACUGCUCUAUGAUCUUUCAAACAUUCCUAAGGAUCACGCCAAAAUUGUUGCAGAUGCUGCAAGUUUGAAAAGGAAUUGUUUUGCAUCUGUGUUUGAAGAAUAUUUUGAAGCACAGGUACAAGGGAAACAAGUGAAAAGAGCUGUCGUCAACUACAGAGAUGAUGAGACGAUGUAUGUGGAAGCUAAGAAAGAUCGUGUUACAGUGAUAUUCAGCACUGUUUUUAAAGAUGAUUCUGAUAUCAUCUUUGGAAAAGUUUUUAUGCAGGAAUUCAAGGAAGGCCGCCGAGCGAGUGCCAGUGCACCCCAGGUUCUUUUCACUCAUAAAGAACCUCCACUGGAAUUGAAGGGACAAGAUGCUGCAGUUGGUGAUAACAUUGGAUACAUUACUUUUGUUCUGAAUACUCGACACACCAACCCUGCUAAUCGUGACAAUACAAUUGAUCUCAUCCACACAUUCCGAAACUACUUGCAUUAUCACAUCAAGUGCAGCAAGGCUUACAUUCACACAAGAAUGCGAGCAAAGACUUCGGAUUUCCUUAAAGUUCUCAACCGUGCCAGGCCUGACCAAGCAGUAAAAGAGAAGAAAACAAUGUCAGGAAGAAGUUUUUAAUGUCAACGAAAUGCACUAUUUUCAUUGUUUGAAAGGGGCAAGACAUUCAACCGUUGAUGUGUAAUGAUUAAACUACAUUUUAUACAUAUCUACAUAUUACCCAAGAUUCCAAGAAGAAUAAUCAACAUCUUUAAAAACUAAUAAUUAUAAUCUAAUCAGUGUAAUAUUGAUUGAAGAUUUUUCCAAUAAUGAAUCGAACAUUUCGUGGCUAUGCCUGGAAUGCUUCAACAUCAAAAUGAAUAACUGCAGAUUAUUUUAUUCCAUUAUGAUGAUCCUUAUAUAUAGGGAAAAGUUUGGGUGCUCCCGAAAUAUGGUACCAAGAUGGCGCACAACCUGAACAAAAUAUGUGUACCAGGUUAGGGUUCAGGUUGUGCGUCAUCUUGGUACACAUACUUCCGGAGCGCCAAAGUUUGUACUACAUAGCUAGCUAUGCCAACAUAGUUUAACUUGUAAAAAAUAACAAUACAUUUAGCAUAAAAACAGUAUGGCUGUCUACUACAGGGUAGUUGCGUAGGUUUAUUGCUAUAUAUUGGAAGUUUACGUUGGAGUCUUCUUCGAUUUAUCAUUUAUUUUAUAUUGUAUUGAUCAUGCGCUAAUUCUGCUGCUUAUGAUUGUCUUUCGCCCACUAGCACAGAUAAUUUAAUGUGAUUGUUUGGGAAUUGUUGAGGAAAUUAAUUAUUUCGUAAUGAGCUUAUAUAUCCUGCACUGCAUUUAAUAUUAUUGUGUGGGAAACUGAAUAAAACAUAACAAUACUGAAAGUUUUAUUCGCAAAUAUAUUCCAAAAACAAACAAA